AUGAAGUUCACUGCUGCUACCAUUGCUGUCCUUGCAGUUGCCGUCUCUGCGCUGCCCACGGAUAUUCAUUACGAGGCUCCUAAGGAAUACUUGACUGAUCUUACCCUCCUGAUAGGUGGUUGGGAGUCCAUCGAUUACCCCAAGGGUACUGGCGCAAACCUCCACGAAUAUCCCAAGGGCACUGGUGAGAACCUUCACGAGUACCCUCCUCCUGCCGGCGGUUGGGAGUCCGUCGACUACACCAAGGGCGGCGCUGCAGCACCAGUCAAAUGCCCCGAAGCACCGAAGAUGGCAGGCUCUCCCUUCACCUUCACCUCCUACUAUGAAGUCAAGGCUGUCCCCGGAGAAGUCGUUAACGGCACAACCCCAACUGGUGGUCUUGCCGGUGCCUCUGGUCUCUUCAAGAUCGGCAUCAACAGCGAAACGAACCUGAUCUGCUAUAACAUCGAAAUCUAUAACUUCCGCGGCGAGUACCAAUCUCCCGCCCUGACAGCCACUCACAUUCACGAAGCUGCAAAGGGCGCUUCUGGUCCCCCCAGAAUUGCUUUUCCCAACCCUGUCGAUGUGGGUAAUGGUGUUCGCCGCUCUUUGGGCUGUCUGCAGGGACCAUUCAAGACUGGCGUUAUGGCCAACGGAAAGGAUUCUGCGGAUGGCUUCCACAUUAGCCAGAUCGAGAAGAACCCUGCUGGCUUCUUUGCCGACACUCACUCAAGCUUGGCUGUUCCCGGUGCUGUUCGUGGUCAGCUUGCUUAG